GAGGGUUUAGCUUCUUGACUGACAGACUAAGGGGAAGAGCAUGGAGACCUUGCUUUUUCUAUUUCCUCACUUCAACUUUUCAGCCCCCGAGAAGGAAGCAUAUUUCAACAUGCUCGACCCAGGAGAUAGCAAUGCCCUGUUGAGGGACAGCAAUUCAAGAUUAAAAGACAAAGAUCGGAAAAGCAGAUUCAGUCUACUUCUCGCCAAAUCCGGCUCUCAUGAAAAUGUCAGCCCAGAGAAGAAGGCAACCUCAAAGGUUAACAGCAUAUCAACAGACACUGCAUUGAAAUGGAGUGAUUCUUUUGAAGAUCUGCUAAAUGAUUCAGAUGGUGUUAAGACUUUCACACAGUUCCUUCGCACAGAGUUCAGCGAGGAGAACAUCGAGUUCUGGCUCGCCUGUGAGGACUACAAGACAACUGAAUCAAACACCAAACUGCUCACCAAAGCCAAGCAGAUCUAUGUUGUGUUCAUAGAGAAUGACUCUCCAAAGGAGAUUAACAUUGACCACUCGACCAGAGUUGCCAUCCAGAAAAGCAUCGCCCAACCCACCUCCACCUGUUUCGACUCCGCACAGGGCAAAAUCUAUGCCCUUAUGAAGAAAGACUGCUACCCACGAUUCCUCAAAUCAGACAUCUACCUGAGCCUGACCAGGAGAAAAGCCCCAGGUGCAAUGACAAGGAGGCGGUCCCGGUCCUUUGUUUUUAACGACCGAGGCGACUCGACAUCUGGUACAGAGUCAUGGCUAUAGUGCUUCAACAUGUUCCUUAGAUCCUGUGUUGAGUAGGUCAAUAUAAAUAAAAGACUUUUCUAGUCCUGUACCUAAAUACUAACAUAAUACUGUACAUUAAUCAAAUUUUAAUAAAGUUUCUAGUUUUAUAAAUUAGGUUAUUUAAUGUAAUUUU